AUGGCGAGAAAGAGCCGAGGCCGUCAAAAGAUUCAAAUGAAGAGAAUGUCGAAAGAAAGCAAUCUCCUCGUAACCUUCUCGAAGCGCCGGUCGGGACUUUUCAAAAAAGCCAGCGAGCUUUGCACUUUAUGCGCGGCCGAAAUCGCGAUUAUCGUAUUCUCUCCGGGGAAGAAAGUUUUUUCGUUCGGCCACCCUAGCGUCGACUCCGUCGUCGAUCGCUACCUGGACCUCCAGGGCCAGGCGGCUCAGCCGCCCAAGCCGGCGGCUCUACAGCUCGUGGAGGCUCACCGCAGCGCCGGAAUACGGGAGCUGAAUUUGCAGCUGAACGAAUUGCUCGGCGCGGUGGAGGCUGAGAGAGGCAGGGCGGAGGAGCUGAGCCGCCUGAGGGAGAAGAGUGGCGGCGGCGGCGAGGGGCGGUGGUGGGAGGCGCCGGUGAAGGAGAUGGGUAUGGGAGAGUUGGAGCAGUUGAGGGAAGCCAUGGAAGAUUUGAGGAUGAAUGUUUUCCGGCAGGUGGAGAAAAUGAUGAUCUUGAUGCCGCCGCCGUUUGUGGCGGUGGAGGCUGGUGGCGGCGCAGGGCAGCUUCCGAUGGGGCUGCAGGGAUUUACUAUUGGAUUUGGGCCUUCGCUUUUUUGA